AUGGGUCAGAGACAGUCUACAAGUAAUGCAGCCGAGGGAGAGCAACCUCCAGCAAAGGCCGAUUACUAUGAUCUGCUUGGAGUUGAGCGUACGGCCACGGACGAUGAGAUCAAGAAAGCCUACCGGCGCAAAGCUCUCGAGCUGCACCCCGACCGCAAUUACGGUAACGUCGAAGAUGCCACCGCCUUGUUCGCUGAAAUCCAGUCCGCCUAUGAAGUCCUUUCCGAUCCUCAGGAACGAGCCUGGUAUGACUCUCAUCGAGACAUCCUCCUCCGAGGAGAUAGCGCGGCUGGUGCGGCUGCCACCGACUUCUCAUACAAUAUUCGUAUGACCUCGGCGGAGGAAGUAAUGAAGUUGAUGAUGAAGUUCAAUGGUCGUUUAGAUUUUACAGAUGCCCUAAGCGGCUUCUACGGAGGGUUGAAUGACUUUUUCAAUCAGCUCGCAAAGGAGGAAGACAUUGCUUGUCAGUGGGAGGGCCAAGAUUACAUGGAUUACCCCGAGUUCGGUCUGAAAGAUGACCAUUACGAGGAUACUGUCCGACCCUUUUACGCCUCCUAG